CUCGAAUCCACAGCGCGGAGCUUCGAGAUGGGAUUCAUGGAGGACUUCCAAGCCAGUUUAGAAUCCCUCCCAGCGAUGCUGCAACGUAACUACAGCAUGAUGCGGGAUCUUGAUAAAAGUUUUCAAGGAGUACAACGGCAAAAUGAACAGCGUUGUGAACAAGAAAUGGAGAACAUCAAGCGGGGAGUUGAAUCUGGUAACAUUACUCCUGAUUCAUCACUCAUCAGGUUCUCUGAUGAGGCUCUUGAGGAGCAAAAGCACUGCAUCAGAAUUGCUGAUGAAAAAGUGGCAUUGGCUGUACAAGCAUAUGACAUAGUUGAUGCUCACAUCCAACAACUUGACCAAUACAUGAGGAAACUUGAAGAGAUUCGGAAAGAAAAAGAGCUUGCUGCAAGUGCAGGAGCUAACGUCUUGAAUACUGAAAAUACCACCAGAUCCGGAAGGAUAAGCGAAAGUAGCCGAGGAGGCCGUAAAAAAACACGGUUAGCGGCGGCAGCAGCAGUAGAACCGAUAAGCAUGGAUUUAGAGCUGCCAGUUGAUCCAAACGAACCUACAUAUUGUUUCUGCAACCAAGUUAGCUUCGGAGAGAUGGUUGCUUGUGACAAUCCAGAUUGCAAGAUAGAGUGGUUCCACUUCGGUUGUGUCGGUCUGAAAGAACAUCCAAAGGGAAAAUGGUACUGCUCCAAUUGUUCCGGAAUGCAGAAACGCCGAAAAGGGAAGUGAAUGAUACUAAA